GAUGUCCUACAUGAGCUGUGCCUUGCGGGCAGCUGCCCCCCACCUGCCAGCCCCCUGGAGGAGCCCCCGGCCCUUCAGCAGCGCCACGGGGCCCACGGCCAAGAAGAGUGUCCCAUACCAGAAGACCCUGAAGGAGGAAGGCCGCGGGAAUGGGGAGCCCAGCCGGCCCCCACCAUCCUCGGCCGAGGUGGUGGUGGUCGGGGGGGGCAGCCUGGGCUGCCAGACCACCUAUCACCUGACCAAGAUGGGGGUCACCAACGUCGUGCUGCUGGAGAGGGACCGCCUGACCUCGGGCACCACUUGGCACACGGCUGGUCUCCUGUGGCAGCUGCGCCCCAGUGAUGUGGAGGUGGAGCUGCUGGCGCACACACGGGAUGUGGUCAGCCGGGAUCUGCCGGCGGAGACGGGGCUGCACACGGGCUGGGUGCAGAACGGGGGGCUCUUCAUCGCCUCCAACAAGCAGCGUCUCGACGAGUACAAAAGGCUCAUGUCGCUGGGGAAGGUGUAUGGUGUGGAGUCCUACGUCCUGACCCCAUCACAGACCAAGGACCUGUACCCACUGAUGAACAUUGAUGACCUGUAUGGCACCCUGUACGUCCCCAAGGAUGGCACCAUGGAUCCAGCUGGGACCUGCUCAACUCUUGCCAGAGCAGCAACUGCCAGAGGAGCUACGAUCAUUGAGAACUGCCCAGUCACCGGCAUCCAGGUCAGAGCUGAUGAUUUCGGGGUGAAGAGGGUGUGUGCAGUGGAGACAGCCCACGGGACCAUCCAGACUCCCUGCGUGGUGAACUGUGCAGGUGUGUGGGCACGAGCCCUGGGCCGGCUGGCCGGUGUGCACGUGCCGCUGGUGGGGAUGCACCACGCCUACGUGGUGACCGAGCGCAUCGAGGGCAUCCAGAACAUGCCGAAUGUUCGCGAUCACGAUGCCUCGGUCUAUCUCCGUCUCCAAGGCGAUGCCCUCUCCGUGGGUGGAUAUGAGUCAAACCCCAUCUUCUGGGAGGAGGUAUCUGAAAAAUUUGCUUUUGGCCUGUUUGAUCUGGAUUGGGAUGUUUUCAUGCAACACAUCGAAGGUGCCAUCAACAGAGUACCAGUGCUGGAGAAAACGGGCAUUAAAUCCACUGUGUGUGGGCCAGAGUCAUUCACAGCCGACCACAAGCCGCUCAUGGGAGAAGCUCCAGAAGUCCGAGGGUUCUUCCUUGGCUGUGGCUUCAACAGCGCUGGGAUGAUGCUGGGAGGCGGCUGUGGGAGGGAACUGGCUCACUGGAUCAUCCACGGGCGGCCGGAGAAGGACAUGUAUGGCUAUGACAUCAGGAGGUUCCACCACUCCCUCACCAACAACAACCGCUGGAUCCGGGAGCGGAGCCACGAGUCCUACGCCAAGAACUACUCCGUUGUCUUCCCCCAUGACGAGCCACUGGCAGGACGCAACAUGAGGAAGGACCCUCUGCACGAGGAGCUGCUGCGACAGGGCUGCGUUUUCCAGGAGCGGCACGGCUGGGAGAGGCCGGGCUGGUUCAGCCCCGGGGGAGCAGCCCCGGUCCUGGAUUACGAUUACUACGGCGCCUACGGCCGGGAGCGCCACCAGGGUUACACCUACAACCGGCUGCUGGGGGACGAGUACACCUUCGACUUCCCCCCUCACCACGACGUUAUCAAGAAUGAAUGCUUAACGUGCAGAAAUGCCCUGGCUCUCUUUAACAUGUCUUAUUUUGGGAAAUUCUACUUGGUUGGACCUGAAGCUACAAAAGCAGCGAACUGGCUGUUCAGUGCUGACGUGAGCAAAGCACCAGGCUCCACCGUGUACACCUGCAUGCUGAACAAGCAGGGGGGUGUGGAGAGCGACCUGACUGUCAGCAGGAUCAUCCCCGGGGACCCAGCCUCCCCUCUGGCCCCUGCCUUUGAAGGGGAUGGAUACUACCUGGCUAUCGGCGGGGCCGUGGCCCAGCACAACUGGUCCCACAUCACCUCUGUGCUGCAGGACAUGAAGCUCCAGUGCAAACUCCUCGACUGCUCAGAGGAGCUGGGCAUGAUGAGCAUCCAGGGCCCUCUGAGCCGUGUCGUCCUCCAAGAAGUGCUGGACACCGACCUCAGCAACGAGGCCUUCCCCUUCUCCACCCACAAGAUCACCACGGCCGCAGGAUGCACGGUCCGUGCCAUGAGGUUGUCGUUCGUGGGCGAGAUGGGCUGGGAGCUGCACGUGCCCAAGGCAGACUGUGUGAAGGUUUACCGGGCGGUGAUGCAGGCGGGGGCCCGGCACGGCAUCACCAACGCCGGCUACAGAGCCAUCGACAGCCUCAGCAUCGAGAAAGGGUACAGGCACUGGCACGCGGACCUGCGCACCGACGAUACCCCGCUGGAAGCCGGCUUAGCCUUCACCUGCAAGCUCAAGUCCAGCGUCCCCUUCCUGGGCCGGGAGGCCGUGGAGGCCCAGAAAGCCAAGGGCAUCUUCCGCCGCCUCGUCUGCUUCACCACGGAUGAGAAGGUGCCGAUGUUCGGCCUGGAGGCGGUCUGGAGGGACGGCAAGGUGGUCGGCCACAUCCGUCGGGCAGACUUUGGAUUUGCCAUUGACAAAACCAUCGCCUACGGCUACAUCCGUGACCCUGAGGGGGGCCCAGUCUCACUGGAUUUCGUGAAGAGUGGCAGCUACGAGCUGGAGCGGAUGGGAGUGACCUACCCCGCCCGAGCACACACCAAGUCCCCGUUCGACCCCGACAACAAGCGAGUGAAGGGCUUUUACUGAGCAGGUGCUGAGGGCGCUGGAUGGGGAGAGGGAAGAGCCCGUGAGGAGCUGCCAGCAGAAUUCCUGGCCCUUGGGUGCCCCAGCUGGCUCCGGGGUCAGCUGGAAGAGCCGGGAAAUCACCUGCAGUGAACUUAUCAAGCAAAUUUGGGUCGAAUUAGAGGGGAGAAGAGGAAGAGAUUCUAAAAAGUCCAAAGACUCUGUUGCUCUAUUUCCCAAGUGAAGCAGUGCCGCUGCAGCAAUAAUUCUUUUCCAUGGGUUAAUUGGCCUGAAAACAGUGUUUUGGCUGACUGCAUAUGAAGUGGUUUCAGUUUUUGACUUUGCUGAAAACUCUUUCCCCCAAAAUGUAGUUUCACACUGCCUGGAAAUGAAUUUUUUUAAACUAACUCUGCUGUUAAUACAGCUGUAGCCUCCUUACCUGACGAGCCUCUGAUCCCUUGCUGUGUCUGUCCUCACUCCAAUGGCUGUC